UACCGACUCUGGGUAAAUAUUCGAAAUGACAGACAAAAUACGAGAUAUACAACACAUAUGUAUAAGUACACUUAAAAAUUCGAAUCGAAAUUAACCCCAAUACACACACACUUACACCACACAACAAGAAUAACAGCAACAGGAAUAGCAACCAACAGAGGAGCCCCCAAGUAGAGCAGAUCCUCACAAAACCAGACAAAAUGCCCACCCAGGCGGACGAGAAUCCCGACAAUGGGACGGCAGUGCCGCUCGAUCUGGGGGUGAAUGAGUGUGGCCCAGACCUCAGUGCCGAUCCAAAGAACAUUGGCUGGAACAUAAAAGCAACCAGCACAGAUCCACAAUCCACAGCACCCACUGUGCAGCCGCCUCCUUCAACUGGAGCGACACAAGCGGCGUCCACUUUUCUGACCGAGGUGCAAGUGAGCCACAAGCAGAUUACGGAUCGGUUUGUCGAGCUGCUUAAUCUCUUCGAGGACUACUCGAAAAUCAUGAAGGAGAGCGAGCAGGAAACGCAGCCGAAGCUGAAGCGCACGCAGUCCGAGCAGUUCACAUCGACACAUUUCCAGCCGGCGAACAGUGAUUGCAGUGACCAGGUGAAGACGAGCGCCAGUCUAAACCGCAUGCAGUUGUCGGAGUCCACGCUGUGCUGCACACGGCCCAAGUUCUUCUGUGAGAUGGCUAGCCAGACCCAUUGGACGGAUCCCAUCGAGCAGAAGAAGCUGCUCAAGCUGGAAAAGUUAGAGAAGUUCAAGAAAAAGGAACCGCAGCUGCCGCCUGCGCAACAGCUGCUGCCAACUCAGUCGCAUACCCUGCACAUUGAAGUAGAGUCGAUUAGCUCAACGACCGCCCUGCAGCGCGCUCCACUGCGUCAACGUCUGUUGCAAGUGUUGCACGAAGCGGGUCAAACGGUGAUUGCCUGCUUGGCCAUGAUGGGCGAGAACUUCACCUAUGUGCUCUUCGUCCUGCUCUGCCUCUGGUGUCUGUAUCUGAUCAUCGCGCACUACUACAGCUUCAUCGAGGGCAACAUGGGCCAGCAGAUGAGUGUGAAGCACCCGCUCACUCGCAUCCACUCGUAGCCGCUUGCCUCUGCCCCCACUUGACUGAUGAGCCGUUCCUUCAAUGAUUUAUCCAUAGUUAAAAUGCAAUUGAAACGAAAGAUCGAUGAUGUAAGAGGAGUGAGACACCUUCCUUAUGUCAUCGGUUUUUCGAAAGUCGAAUUAAUGGAUUUAUAAGAAUGCCGUUAAGAUCUGGUAUUUCCCGUAGAUGAAAGAUUGUUUACAUUUUUGUCUUGAUAAGGAUGUUUUCAAAAUAAAGAUUUCUUUUCAACUUA